GCAGGUUCCCGUAAAGCACCUGGUCCGAUCUGUUACCUAACAACCAAGUCAGCGUUAUCUUACCCAUUUUUUGCCCUCUAAAGUGAACACAGGGCCAGGAUUAAAGCCCAGACCACUGAGCCAGCAACCACGUCUGAGUCAUUCCCAGAAAUCAGGAGCCACCACUGGGGAACACUACAUGUUAUACUCUUCAAGCAACUAACAGCAGCACCGACCACCACAAUGAAGCUUAAAAUCUCCUUCCUCCUUUUGUUGCUGCCACUAAUGCUGAUGUCCAGCGUGUCUAGCAGCCCAACUUCAGGGGUCGCCAGAGGCCGCUGGGACCAACGCCAGGCUCCUAGGAGGUGGCUCUCCGAAGGCAGCCAAGAAUGUGAGUGCAAAGAUCCCUUCCUGGGAGUCCUUAGAAGAAACCUCAUGACAGAGCCCCAGCUGCCAAAGAAGCAGUGUCCCUGUGAUCAUGUCAAGGUCAACGUGAAGAAGACCAGACACCACAGACGCCACAGGAAGCCAAACAGGCGCUCCAGAGCCUGCCAAGAAUUUCUCAAACAAUGUCAACUAGCAAGCAUUGCCCUGCCCUUAUAGACACUCCGAACUAAACCUUCUCAAUCGGAAAGGCUACAAACACUCCUGGAACACCCCUUGCCCGAGCACUCCCUAAGCCAACCCUGUGGUCCAAAGGCAUUUGCCCCCCGCAUCCCAACGAUCAUUUUUCCUUCUACUGUUUUUUCCUGUGCCUUCCGCACUACACAGCUUCGAGCUUAAUUACCCAACUGCCUGAAAGAAACUGGGAAGCACUUCUAGCUGGUCACACUUGACCUGAAUACAAUCCAGACAGUAACAAAGACAAGUCAAUGAAUGUAAUAGGGCCAAAUUCAUUUCUUUUCCAUGUGCAUUCAAUCCACAUGAUCCACUUAGCCCUGUUUGCUCCAAAUCCAGCCAAGAGUCUAUGUUUACCUCUCGCAAGAUCCUUACUCUUUCUCGAUUGUCAACUUCUUAUUCUUUUCUAGGGGAUUAGGGUACCAGGGGUUGAAAUCUGGGGAGUGAUGUACUCUAUCCCAGCCCUUUUUGUUUUAUUUUGAGACAGAGUCUACUGAGUUGCCCAGGCUGUCUCUC